GGCUGGGUGGGCCCUCUACAGUUUCCCAAAUCAAGGAUUCCAGAAGAAUCCACCAUCCUCAUAUUAUUUUUUUUCUGAAACAAAAAAAAAACAAAAAAUUUACUAGUACGGUGUGUAAUAAGUUGGGGUUUAUUAACAGUUGGCAUUUGGUUGAACCUGAGGGGAGUAAAGGAUGUCUUCUUGUUAUGUGGGAUCAGUCAGUUGAAGUUAGGAGAAUGGUCAGUAAUGGGUUUUGCAUUCAAAUGGAAGUGAGAGGAAUGGGUUUGUCUGACUGGUGUUGGUUGAUCUUUGUGUACAUGAGUUCUGAGAGGAGCAGUAGGGUCAGACAGUGGGAAUUUUUGCUGGAGAAGAAGAGUGAUUGGGGGAAUUGUUGGGCUAUUGCAGGGGAUUGGAACCACAUUUUUUCUAAUGAGGAAAAAAAGGGUGGGAGAGUCAGAGCUGAGGCUAGCUUUUUACCAUUCAGGGAUUUCAUUAUGGGAAUGGAUAUGUAUGAGCAAAUUCAGAAAGGUGCAUUUUUCACAUGGGGGAACAACAGAAGGGGGAAUGGAUAUGUAGAGGAAAGAUUGGAUAAAGUUUUUACUUCCCAUGAGUGGCUGCAGAGAUUCCCUAAGAUGGAGGUGUCUAACUUUUACAGGUGUGCUUCUGAUCACAAUGUUAUACUAUAUGAUACUGAAGUGGAGCAGAGACCUGCAAGGAAGAGAUUCAUAUUUGAUAAGAACUGGGUGAAAUUGGAGGGUAUUGAGGAGGCAGUGGAGGAAGGGUGGGGUGGAGAAUGUGAGGGCUCUGAUAUGUUUAAAGUACACCAGAAGGUAAAAUUCACCAGAAGGGCCAUAUUGUCAUGGUACAACCCCAUCAAGAGGAAUAAUGAGAAACUGAUUCAAACUCUUACAGCUAAAAUGGAAGUGAUGAGAGCUGAUGGUGGUAAUGUUGUUUAUAAGGCCUUUAUGGAAGAAGAGCAAUACUGGAGGGCUAAGUCCAGGGCCCUUUGGCUAAAAGCAGGGGAUAAAAACACUCGUUUCUUUCAUGCCUUUGCUGCGCAAAGGAGAAAAAGUAAUGCUAUUCAGAGGCUGUUGUCUGGGUCUGGAGAGGUCAUUGAGGAGAAGCAAAAACUUGAAGAUUACAUUCAUCAUGCUGAAUUGAUCAUGGAUAUGCUUCAAAGGUACCAGAAGUUUGCAGGUCAGAAAGUGAACCUUAACAAAUCAUCUAUGUUUUUGAGUAGAAAUUGCUCGGUGGAUGUGAAGGAGAAGAUCUGUUCCAUUUUGUCUGGGGUGAUGGUUAAGAGGUCAACCAGGUACCUAGGGCUUUCUCUAAGGAUUGGAGCAUCCAAGCAUGAAGCUUUCCAGUUUGUGGUUGACACAGUCAGAACUAGAAUUAGCAGCUGGAAGAAUCACCUACUAUCUACUGCUGGGAAAGAAGUGAUG